UUGGGUUUCUUGAUUAUUAUCCCGUUAAAAUGCUUUGAAUAUUAAUCUACUGGUGCUUUUUUCACGCUUUCAUGUAUGUGACCCAAUGCUCGUCGAUACUACAGCCAAUUUAAAGCUGAAAUAAACGUGACUGGUUACAUAACUUGUCAAAGGGGAAAAUUUUGCUCCACCGGUUGUUACUGGGCGUCUGAAGAACGGCUAAUAUCUUUGGCUUCCAACUGUCUUAUCACUGGCUGAAACGUGGGAAAGGUCCAUAGCCAAAUCCUGACCAUGGCUGCAGUGCAUCAUCAAGGGUACCCACUCAGGGAUUCACUGUACUGGGAUGAAACAGAGUGCCUCAACUACUAUGGGAUGUUGUCUCUCCAUGAAGUCUUUGAAGUAGUUGGUUCUCAGCUGACCGAGACUGACAUUGAAGUCCUGUCAUUUCUUCUGAAUGAAACUUGCUCCGCGACACAUCCUCUCGAUCCCGCAGGCUGGACAGUUGAACCCCGUGAGGACAAUCCAGAUGAUCCAGGUGUGGCCCCAAGUCCACAGCUACUAAAAGCAUGGCAGCAAUUAAAGCCUACGGGGUCACAGCAGCCCUUUUUGGACCCAAAACCCAAGAGUGGCCUUGAGCUGUUGCUACAGCUCGAGAGGAGAGGAUACUUUAGUGAUGGAAACCUGGCACCACUACUGCAACUUCUAAGAGUCCUUACCCGUCAUGACCUGCUACCCUCAGUGUCCCACAAGAAAAGGAGGACAGUUUCUCCAGAGAGAAUUGGACAGAGGUAUGAGAUAGAAAGCACAGAGUCGGUGUGUACUUCUGGAAUAAGUAGCAGCUGCAGGGAGACUGAAACUCCUCUUACAUCUUUCGCACAUCAAUUAGAAACUGGUAUUUACACUCCUGUGGCUGGGCCAUGUGCAAGUAGGCGGAGGAAGAAGAGGGGAAAUGGCUGGAGCCGUAAGUCCAAGAAAACAAGCAGGCAAAGUCAUCCUCUGCCUCCACCACCAGCGCCACAAAAAGUGUCCUGUGAUAUCCGCCUGCGUGUCCGGGCGGAAUACCUGGAGCAUGAAUCGGCAUUACGCAACGGCGUCGCCUCAGACAAGCAGCAGCCACUGGAGCGGCAGUUUGAGUUGUUCAGUCAAGCGAGUUCGCUGCUGCGUGCCAGAGACCUGGGAUCCAUCGUCUGCGACAUCAAGUUCACGGAGCUGGCCAACCUCGAGGCUUUCUGGAGUGACUACCUGAGCGGAGCUCUGCUGGAGGCCCUGAAGGGAGUAUUCAUCACGGACUCUCUGAGGAACGCAGCGGGCUCCGAAGGCGUGCGCCUGCUGAUCAGUGUGGACCAAGACGACUACGAGGAGGGCCGAAGGCUGCUGAGAGCUAAGAAAAUGAUGUCAUCCAGUAAUGAUGGGCACCCAGAGACUCACUGGGAUUCAUAAACUGAUCAGACUCUCUGGGGUGUAUUAUAUUAAACUUAAAGAAGAGAAAAGGGAGGAAUGUAAUUAAUAAUGGGUACAGGCAAGCUUGGAAGCAUUUGAGGCCUCCAUUUGUUGCAUUCCAUUUAAUGACCACUAGAUGGCAGAACUCACCAUUGGUUCUUUUGUGUUCAUAAGGAGCCUUUCUUUUUGCCUUUUCUUUUUUUUUUUAGAACUGUCAAAUUUUAGUUGGAAGUGUAUUAUUUGUAAAUGAAAUAAAUAAUGUAUCACUGUA